AUGUAUGUCAUAGCUAUCUUAGGGAACUUCACCAUCCUCUUCAUCAUUGCCACGGAGCCGAGCCUCCAUAGGCCUAUGCACUAUUUCCUCUGCAUGCUGGCCAUCAACGAUCUGGUCUUGUCUACGUCCAUCAUGCCCAAAACACUGAGUAUCUUCUGGUUCAAUUCCACAGAGACCAGUUUCAAUGCCUGCCUCACCCAGAUACAUUCCACCAUCCUGACCAACCGCAUGGUGGCCCAGAUUGUCCUGGCCGUGGUGCUGCGUGGUAGCACAGUUGUAUUACCCUACCCACUCUUAGCCAGGCAGUGGCCUUAUUGUAGAACCAACAUCAUCUCCCACUCGUACUGCAAGCAUAUCGCUGUGGUAACUUUGGCCUGUGCCGACAUCCGUGUCAGUAAUUACUACAGCCUGUUUAUGAUACUCUUUGUGGCCUGUGUGGAUAUGUGUUUUAUCUCAGCGUCUUAUACCCAGAUCCUUAGGGCAAUUUUCAGCCUCCACACAACGGAAGCCCGGCGCAAAACAUUUGGGACCUGCAGCACCCAACUCUGUGCCAUCUUAGUCUUUUUCAUCCCAGAUGUCGUGUCCUCCGUCAUUCAUCGGUUUGACUAUAUUGUGCCCCCCCAUGCCCUCAUUCUCAUUGCUAACGUGCACCUUGUGGUGCCCUCUAUGCUGCACCCCAUCAUCUAUGGAGUGAGGACCAAGCAAAUCCAGGACAGGUUGCUCUGGGUCUUUACUCAUAAAAAGAUCUAA